AUGAAUUACAUCUUGGCACGUCCGUGGUACGAACGACGAACUGGGUCAUGCAUGUUCGGAGUGAUUGAAUUUGCUCUGAUAGACAUCCAUAAAGCGAACAUUAGCCGAGGAAUUCGUGUUCUUAUGGCAGCUCCACACUACAUAGCUACACGCACGGCCUUGGCAUGCUUUGGCUUGGAUUCUUGGAGGUGCAAGGUGGGGAUGGGCAAUGCGGAUGGGGACUUUGCAGUUCGAUAG